AUGUGUAUUGUGCUGACGGCCAUUCUAUGUAUUAGUCGGCACGUCUACGGUCGAGAUGUCGAGAUGGGAGUUCUGUUGGAUCAAAGCGAAUUUCCGUCUACGGCAAUGGAGGAGUUCUACCACCUAUUCGAGUACACGGCAUUUGCCAUCACUACCGUUGUGGUCAUCUUCACAAUGACAGUCAUUGUAAUGUGUAAGUGCGGUUUGAAUUGCGUAUAAGUAUAUUGAAUCCCAACCCUACUGUAGCAUUUAGCCAACACAAAAGGGAUCAGCAAUUAUCGAUGGUAUCUUAUCCACACCUUGCUUUGGUGAGUUAACGAGUUACAAACCACUUUUCAUGGACCGGGAAUAAACAACGUGUAAGAAUAAACAUAAAUUUUUAGGUCUUUGUUCUUCGAUGGGAUGGGGACUUUUAUUGGAGCGGUAACCUUGUUCCCGGUCCCUUGUUAUUACGGUGUAAAUCUGGCAGGAACUACAAGCGACGCCACACAAACCGCUUACUUUUUUAUCGGUGUUAGUGCUAUCCUUGGGAAGCUGUGUUCUUUGCUUUUUCAAUUUGAACAUCGCUAUUAUCAAACACAAUCAUCCACUUCACGUUAUCACCGUAUGUGCAGCCAUAUUCAAGGAUUCAUGCAAAUCGUGGUCCGAUUCUGUUUGAUCAUCUUGGCAAUGGCUUUGGUUUUGGUAAGUGGAAGUGUUAUUUUUGUUGAACGCAAUGUUUUGCUCUGUAAAUAUCACGGAGAACUGUAACAUAGUUUUUAAGAUUCCAUUUGCUUUAUUUUUCCCAAACCAAGAAGAGCAACGUGCCUUGCUCAGAUCUCUUGAUCCAGUGGUCGCCAGCUUGAUUGACCAGCAUCCAAGCCUUCUUUGCAUUACAGCCGGCACAGAUGUAGCCAUAAUUCUAAUUCCUUCAAUAAUUCUUAUUUGCCUUAUGUCUGUACUUUGUUUUCUAACCUUGUACAUUAUCUAUACCUCGAUCCGAACUCAAUUCUCAGCGAAUACCCAGCGUCUUCAGAUGAUGUUAUUUUGGUCCCUUGUUGCUCAGAUGGGUGCUUUGUUUGUCCUUUUAAUCCUGCCUUUGCUAUUCUUUAUCGGUUCUUCUCUGCUCAGUAUCAGAAAUCUUCCUAUCUAUUCGAUGUAUUGUUUCUUUCCCGUGUUGUGUCAUACCUCCGUGGAUUGCUUGAUGAUUUUAUAUUUUAUCCGGCCCUACCGUCGCUUCCUAAUCAAACACAUGACGUUUGCGAAUACUCAUUCCUAUAGUAUAAGUCAUGUUAAUGUGAUCAGAAUUUUACCGAAAUUUUCCUCGUUUAAAGAUUAGUUUUCUGGGAUAAUACAAUAAACAGUAAUGUAAAAUUUACGUCUGAAACAUUUCGCCGAAUCCAGUCUAUCGGAGUAAUAUUUUUAAAAAAUAAAAAUGUAAUUCAGUCCCGUCGCAGAAAAACGUCUCGUCUCACCGCAAAAUUGAUGUAGUCUGCACCAAAUGAAGGGCAAUUACAAGACUUGGGUGUUCAGGCUUGUACAAAUAAAGACCAUCAGAGCAUAUCGCCAAGCGCUUUCCGUAUGGGCCUCGCCCGGGGCAUUCAUGCAAGCGAGUCGCGAUGAGGUGCCCCUCAAGACCUUCGGCAUCGAUCGGUGCCAGAGUAGGUCUGACAUCCGAUUUUGACAGAGUUCCCAUGCACCUCGAAUGUUCACAUUCCUUUCUAAGGGCCUUGGUGGGGCGCAACGAUGGUUCACACCUGGGUCCGACGGAAUGCAAGUCGGCGUCGCUAACAAUUGAGCCACCACACGUCAAUCCAGCGCAUUUCCUGAACCGUUUCGAAACUUCGUAUCGUUUUCAUUGAUUUUAAAAGACGAUUUCUGAGUCAGUGAAGCAAGCCGUGACAUAGGAUUUUUUCGAUGUUGAUUUUUUUUGCAUAAAUAUGAUCCACACCACCAGUAAGGAAAAAGCGAAUCACAGUUUUCCUCAAUUCCUCCGUUAACUGUACUUUUUAUACAAUUUACAGUAAUUGGUCAUAACUUUCUACAGUGGCGUCUCUUUUGCAUACAAGUAUGGCUAGUAUGGUUUUUGGGUAUGACGAGUACAAUAAAACCAAAAAAAAAAUUUGAUCAGAUUACGGUAACAUACAAAAACACUGUAUCGGUCGAUAAAAAUCUACCAUAAAAAGUUUGUUUCAAAAAACCCACAGCCAAUUUUUCCAUAUUCGUAAUCAGCAUAAAAUUCUGGUCUAGAAUCAAUUUUAAAAAGUUUAAAAAUAGGACCCCCAUUUUCCGUGGUGUAGUGGUUUUUGACCAAAACUGGUAAUCUGACCACCCAGGUUCGAAUCCGGGUGGGUGCGAAUGUAGAAAAAGACCUCAAAUCACUUUUAAUGAAAACCUGAGAGUUACUUGAAGCACGCUGAGCAAUUUUAGGCGUUAAAACUUUCUGAAUUUGGGAUUAAAACGAUUUUUAUGUAAUUUUAGAGGGUUAAUACAUGAAAAAUAAAACUGCUUCAAACUGGAUGAAAUUGAUAACACUUAUUCUAUGGCUAAUUGUAAGAAACUUUCCUGUUAACUUUUUUUUGUAGAGUGCUGUAUCAUGGAUUACUGUAACAUAAAACGUAUUCUACUAAACAGAUGUUUUCUUCAAAAUUCUUAGGUAAAUGUUUUUCUUUUUUUGAUUAGAUCUAUUAAAAAGCAAGAAAUCUCAACGCUCCAUAUUUCAAAAAAAGAAUUUCCCAUGAUAUAUAGUGCAUCUUGACAUCACUAUCGAUUGGAAACCUGCGCAUUAUAACUGACAUGUUUCAAGUCCUACGGACAUAGAAAGCACAUUUGUGUGAUGACCAACGUGUUCUCAAGCAUUCCUAUCAUAAUUGCGGUACACUGAAGUCUAUACGCCCUGUGGCAUACCAUAAACGAAAACGGGUUUAAUGUUACAGUAAUCCAUGAUACAGCAUUCUACCAAAAAAAGUUAACAGGAAAGUUUCUUACAAUUAGCCAUAGAAUAAGUGUUAUCAAUUUCAACCAGUUUGAAGCAGUUUUAUUUUUCAUGUAUUAAUCCUCUAAAAUUACAUAAAAAUCGUUUUAAUCCCAAAUUCAGAGAGUUUUAACGCCUAAAAUUGCUCAGCGUGCUUCAAAUAACUCUCAGGUUUUCAUUAAAAGUGAUUUGAGGUCUUUUUUCUACACUCGCACCCACCCGGAUUCGAACCUGGGUGGUCAGUUUACCAGUUUUGGCCAAAAACCACUACACCACGGAAAAUGGGGGUCCUAUUUUUAAACUUUUUAAAAUUGAUUCUAGACCAGAAUUUUAUGCUGAUUAUGAAUAUGGAAAAAUUGGCUGUGGGUUUUUUGAAACAAACUUUUUAUGGUCGAUUUUUAUCGACCGAUACAGUGUUUUUGUAUGUUACCGUAAUCUGAUCAAAUUUUUUUUGGUUUUAUUGUACUCGUCAUACCCAAAAACCAUACUAGCCAUAUUUGUAUGCAAAAGAGACGCCACUGUAGAAAGUUAUGACCAAUUACUGUAUAAACAAAAAAUUGUAUAAAAAGUACAGUUAACGGAGGAAUUGAGGAAAACUGUGAUUCGCUUUUUUCUUACUGGUGGUGUGGAUCAUAUUUAUGCAAAAAACUCAACAUCGAAAAAAUCCUAUGUCCUGGCCUAACUACGGCUUGCUUCAGUGACUCAGAAAUCGUCUUUUAAAAGAGAGACGCAAAAUUAUCGGCACUUUUUCUCACCCGAAAUACUAUAACUGCUUUUUCUCGAAAAGGAUGAAGAAAGGUGAGAAAACGCUUUUUAUCGGAUGGAUGGUGACAUUUCGUUUUGAACGAAUUACCAAACAGGGGCGGGAAAUUUUUUCCCUUAAGGAUUGACGUGAUAUGUUUUUGAUAUCUGAAACGGUUGUACGAGCAGAGCGAAAACAUUUCUUUUGUAGUAUAUCCCAGUCUUGCUGACCAUAUGUAUCUCAAGUUCUCCGUUCUUGCGGCUCACCCCCACAGUCUCACCGUUCACUCUUACAACAGCUUUUUUCCUACAUAUUUUCUGCAGCAAGGCUGGAGAUGUCGAGAUGGGAGUUCUCCUGAAUGAGAGUGAACUGCCAACGCCUUACUUUGUGCAAUUCUAUCAUCGCUUUGAGUAUACUGCGUUUGGAAUUUCCGUUGUUGUUGUUUUGAGCACCAUGGCGGUCAUUGUCUUUUGUAAGCCUGUUUUAGAGGCUUUGAGGGUAUUUUGGGUGACUCGCGAAACCUUAUUGUUUUAGCUAGCACAAAAGGCAUUAGCAAAUAUCGAUGGUACCUGAUCCACACUUUGUUUUGGUAGGUUUGACUUGCAAUUGUUGUGUUUGAAUAAAUAAACAUUUUCAUAGAAUGCAUGGAUACUUUUUCUCUUUCGCACAGUGCAUUUUGGACUUUCUCCAACGCUUGUCGCCAACGCAUAGUGGAUUGUUUUCUAUUCGCACAGUGCAAACCUCAAAGGAGCCUCUUGCACUGUGCAAAUUCUGGACUCGACGCGGCGACACAGUUGAAACUUGUUUGUGCCGCAGCGAUAUUUUUCUUCAAAAAACGUUAAAAACGCGUUCCUCAAUUUUUUUGAAAAAAAGAACGGUAAAAAUGAGACCGACACGAGAUAAAAAGGCAUGAAGUCGGCAAGCUGCGCUUGAAAAACGCCAAUCUUUUAGGAUGAGGAAUCCGUGCCUUACGGGUAGCUCGUUUUAUUGAUAAUCAUUAUAUUUCAGGUCAUUCUUCUUCGACGCGAUGGGAACAUUCAUUGGUGCUGUAACUCUUUUCCCAGUCCCGUGUUAUUAUGGGGUGAAUGCAGCCGGAAACACUGAUAAAGUUACCCAGACAGUCUAUUUUUUUAAUGGAGUCGCAGCCGUCAUUGGGAAGAUAUGUUCUAUGCUUUUUCAAUUCGAACAUCGGUAUCAUCAAACGCAACCCUACGAUUCUUCGUAUCGUAUUAUGUGCAGUCGUGUUCAAGGUUACAUGGAGAUUGUCGUCAGAUUCUUUGUGACCGUGGGGGUGAUGAUAUCUGUCAUGGUAUGUGAGUUUUGUCAUCGUCAUUUUCCAAGAUGUUUAAAGCCAAAUGUAUCUUAUUCCAGGUUCCAUAUGCCACAUUCUUUCCAGAUCAAGAGGAAGAAAAAGCCUUAUUGAUAUCCAUGGAUCCUGAGAUCGAAAAAAUCUUCGACCAGCAUCCAGGAAUGCUUUGUUUUACAUCCGGCACAAAUGUAUCUGGAAUUCUCCUUAUUCCUACAAUCAUUGUUGCAAUAAUACCUUUAGUUUGCUGCUUAACCUUGUACAUUAUCUAUACCUCGAUCCGAACUCAAUUCUCAGCGAAUACCCAGCGUCUUCAGAUGAUGUUAUUUUGGUCCUUGGUUGCUCAGAUGGGAGCAUUCUUUUUUCUAUUAAUCGUUCCUUUGUUGUUCUUCCUUAGCUCUUCUCUUCUCGGUAUCAGAAAUCUUCCUAUUUAUUCGAUGUAUUGUUUCUUUCCCGUGCUGUGUCAUACCUCCGUGGAUUGCUUCAUGAUCUUAUAUUUUAUCCGGCCCUACCGUCACUUCCUAAUCAAACAAAUGAUGCUUUUACGCACUUUAUCGCCCAGCGGCACUAUCAGCCAUAUAAACGUGAAAGCAAAUAGGAUUGCUCCUAAGUUGCAAUUGGCCAAAAACCAUCUCAAGCUCCGAUUUAUGAAAUAAAUAACUAAACUACCACAUAGUUGUUAUAAACGGCGUCACGGAAUUUGCGUUCAUCCGUAAUUAGCCGGCAAAGGGAAGAAAGAGAUUGGAAGUUUUAGAAAUCAAGGCCGACAUUCCGGCCAGUCGAUGUUGUCCAUAUGCAAGCUAGACGGAAACUGAACGAACCAUGUUAUAGUAAAUUAUAGUAUCGAAACCUCGAGAUAACGUUUUCAAAAAUCAUCUUCAGCUUUGGAAACGAGAGCCUUUCUCUGUCAAUCCCAAGCAACUCACUUUAGUUGCCUCACUAAAUUGGCGAAACAGCGAGAUCUCUAGUCCAGAAGCCUCAAAAAUGGGGAAAAUGGUUUUUGUUUUCAAAUUUAUUGUUUCCGCGGGAGCUAAACCUGGAUAAUGAUUACAGUUUUACCGUGACAUAUUCGUUCGGUAAUGGUGGCAGCACUAACCUGACAAAUUUCUUCUGGUUUAAACCUACAUGAUGUCUGGCUUCUUUUUCCAUUAUAUUUUUACUGUGUCUUUUUAAUAUUAAACUUAUGGCUUUAUAGUCACAGUGUAAUUUCUGCAUUUCUUGAAACCUUUACCUCGGGUUUGAGUAACUAUAUUAAAUUCACUAUAAUCUAGCUUGCAUAUGGACAAAAAAUCGGCUGCCCGCAAACAUCUGCACGCGAACUGGUUGCCCGCAAAAAUUCUAUCGAGCGGUUGUUUGAAAGACUUUUGCGACUUCUGAAAUGACGCUGUAACCUUGGCACUUAAUGUUUCCCGAACACUUCAACGAAAUGUUGAGCAGAAAUACUUCCUUUCAGAAAUUAAAUUGGCUGUUGUCGCAGCAAAUAGCUAACAUACCCUCACUCUAAAGGACAUACAUUAUGUAAAACAUUACCUUUGUUCUAAUGACAAGCAUCAAUUGACCAUAUGUUAUUGGGAUCUGAAAAGAAUACGUAAUUUUGUACGUUCAGAGCGAAAACAUUACUCUUGUAGUUUUCGUUUGGUCCCGCCCUUCAGAAAUUUGCAUCCUGUUCCUUGCGUAGUCUGGCUGACCAUACCGCAAGUUCUUCAUUCUUGUUUCACCCCCACAGUCCUAUUCGAAUAAAACAAUUUCGUUUUUGCACCUGCUUUAUUUUAUUCCCACAUAUUUUUCGAAUUCCACAGACUGUAAGGCCGGAGAUGUCGAGAUGGGAGUUCUCCUGGAUGAGAGUGAACUGCCAACGCCGGACUUUGUGCAAUUCUAUCAUCGCUUUGAGUAUACUGCGUUUGGAAUUUCGGCUGCUGUUGUUUUGAGCACCAUGGCGGUCAUUGUCUUUUGUAAGCAUAUUUUAGAUGAGGUAUUUUUUGUUGACGUUUACUUGACUAUACAUUGUUAUUUUAGCCAAAACAAAAGGUAUCAGCAAAUAUCGAUGGUAUCUGAUACACACUUUGCUUUGGUAGGUUCACCUUGAAAUUCUUAUGUUUGAAUAAAUAUUUGACCCGAAUACCAAAAGCGAGUAGUUAAUAAGUUUACAAUUUCAUUAUUUAAGAGUGAAGAAAUAUUUUCUGUUCGGAUAAACCACUAAAAGUUGGGAAUGUUGUGAGGCGACUUUGUUGAAACGUGGAUAAUGUAAGUGGUAUUUUCUCAUUUUUUCGACCGAAGCUCUUCAAACCUAGUUAUCGCUAAUUGUAGAGUAGACUGUUAGCUUUGACCUAGAAUAAAUUUCGAACCAGAAACGGUGAAUUUUACAUUGUACCUGGUUUUCGUGUUUGCUCCCUCGUUAAAGCUACUAUUCUAUGAAACUAGCGCUGUUUGAAUGAUGAAGCUAAGUGCCCUGUCCUAAAUUCAUAUCUGCCCAUUUUUUGAAAAUAAAAAAAUUUACUUACAUUAUUCAUGGGACAACAAACAUCACAUCAUUCCGAACUAUUGGUGGGUUGUUCGAAUUCACUCAGCAAAUACAUCUCGAACAGGGGAAAAAUAAAAAACCUCGCGAGAAGGAAACCCUGGGCCAACUGUUACCCUGAUAAAGAAACAAUUGACCCGGGAAAGAGUCAGCUGCCUUCGGGUACCAUCAAGCUUUGAUUACUGUCUUAUGGGUAGCUCGAUUUAUUGAUAAUCGAAUAAAUUUCAGGUCGUUCUUCUUCGACGCGAUGGGAACAUUCAUUGGUGCUGUAACUCUUUUCCCAGUCCCAUGUUAUUAUGGGGUAAAUGCAGCCGGAAAUACUGAUAAAGUUACCCAGACGGUCUAUUUUUUCGUCGGAGUUGCAGCCGUCAUUGGGAAGAUAUGCUCUUUGCUUUUUCAAUUCGAACAUCGAUAUUACCAAACGCAAUCCGCCCAUUCUUCGUACCGUUACAUGUGCAGUCGUGUUCAGGGUUUCCUAGAGAUUCUGGUCAGGUUCUUUUUGACUGUGGUGUUUAUGAUAAUCGUUAUGGUAUGAGAGAUUUAUGUAGUUGUCAAUUUUCAGGGUGUCUAAAGCCAAACUUAUGAUUCUCUUACUUCAGGUUCCAUUUGCCUUAUUCUUUCCGGAUCAAGAGGAAGAGAAAGCCUUGCUGAUAUCCAUGGAUCCUGUGAUCGCAAAAAUCUUCGACCAGCAUCCAGGAACGCUUUGUUUUUCUUCCGGCACAGAUGUAUCUACAGUCCUCCUUCCUCCUACAAUCAUUGUUGCAAUAAUACCUUUUGUUUGCUGCUUAACCUUGUACAUUAUCUAUACCUCGAUUCGAACUCAAUUCUCAGCGAAUACCCAGCGUCUUCAGAUGAUGUUAUUUUGGUCCUUGGUUGCUCAGAUGGGUGCUUUCUUCGUCCUUUUAAUCGUGCCUUUGUUAUUCUUUAUUGGCGCUUCUCUUCUCGGUAUCAGAAAUCUUCCUAUUUAUUCGAUGUAUUGUUUCUUUCCCGUGCUGUGUCAUACCUCCGUGGAUUGCUUCAUGAUCUUAUAUUUUAUUCGGCCGUACCGUCGCUUCCUAAUCAAACAUAUGAUGUUUUUACGCACUACAUCGAGACAAAGCGGCGGCAGUGUCAGCCAUACAAACGUGAAUACACGGAAGGUUUUACCUAAGUUGCAAUCGGCCCUCAAGCUCUGAUGCGUGGAAUAAAUUGCUAAGUUGUCGACCGGUGUUCCUAGCACACUGUGUAAGAUUAUACAUACCGGAAAUGUCGUUACCGCCUUUCGUUACCGUACCUCACAACUUCAACAGUUGUAUUAUGUUUUUGUUCUAUGAACCGGGUUGUAAAUCUAAAAGUUACAAAGAACUCUUUCGAUUUAUAGAUUUAUGUCAAAUUUAAUUUUUACCGAAUUUGAAAAAUUAAAUUCACCUGCCAGCCAUAAGUGCGAACAAACUUUGAACCUAAUUCGUUCAUUCGUCUACGUGACAAAUAAGAAUCAUAAUUCAAAAUGUAUCGUAUCUAUGUAGACAAUUUUAUGGAUCGAAUAAACAGAAUAAUUACAACGAUUCAAAUUCCUUCAAAAUGUUAACAGAGCUUAAGAUGACGUGGACGAAACGUUAUGAUGUAGUCAAAUGCACAUUCUUUUGUUGAAUUGCACGUGUUGGGCAGUCUGUAAAAUUAAUGGCUGGCAAAAUGACACAACGUCGAUCUGCAACUGUUUUCAUUUAAUUUCUUCGUCAUCAAAUGGCAUUUUUGCGAUUGUUAGGGGCCCAACCUGCCGCUCUCUUUGUCUUAAGUGAUAAUUCUUACUGGUAGACCAAGAUUUGGUUUAAAGCCUCACAAUGAAAGCCUCCAUUAUCAACUUUGAGCCUCGUUCCAACUACCUGAAUUUUUGGUAAAAGAAAAGAUAGGAAUUCGUUUCUUUUAGUUGUAUAAUAAAAUUUUUAACACAAAGUAAUCGUAUUUGUUCGACACUUGAAGAAACGGAAACUUGGUUACCUUUCGAAAUAUAUUACAGUAGAUUAUUCAAUCUUCUUACAAAUAACCCAUACAUAAAGUAAACACAAAUUGAUUCGAAAACAGCGGUACUUUCUUCAAAAUUUAUGAUGAAGUUCAAGAGCUAAAUGUUAAGAUACCUCAUAGCUACAGUUUUUAGAAACAACUUGCACAUCAAGCGGAUAAAAAAUUAUAAUAGCUGAAUUUUACCACCUGUUCCAAAAUUCCAAAAUCUUGGUUUGACAAUUCCAGGCACGGUUUUCUUCAAAAGUUAUGUAAAGAAAACGCUGAGAAGGGGUUACGUAAGGGCAUUUCUUUUUUGGUACAUUUAGUUUCAUCUAUUGUAAUGUGUCUUGGCUCAGACAAUGGAUGACCUUGUCAUGUUGUCGUCAGUUACAUAAUCUUUUUACGGUGUGCUUAAACAAAUGAAAUGUAGUUUUUGUACAAAUAUUUGUUAUUUUUGUUAUCCUGUUAUUGUUCUCAAACUACCCGCCAGACUCUAUUGUUGAAAGAUUUAUGUGCUACAACCUCGAUUAGGCUACGGUAUUUUUUUACAUUUGGAUGGGAAACCACGGCAACUUUAAGGUCUUGUCUGCUGACACGGAAUUUAAAUUUUGGAAUGCUUUAGUGUAAUUUUAAACGUUGAAGAAUACUUAGCGAAAUGCUUUUGCAUGACAGAAAUUCCUCUUCCUUAACAUUUAUUUUACUUUUUAUUUUUGGUUAUUUGGCCGGCAACCUGAUGACUACAACAACCCAUUAAAUAUUAUAGAUAUUGAGGGUCUUACACUGCACAUUCCAUUGUUCUGGCUUAAUGUUGUUAAAGCAUUUUUUGCUUUGAAGACAUCAGAUUCAUUUUUAAAGUGUCGUCUAUGUUUCAAAAAUGUCUGUACUUUAAAACGCAAAUUUGAAGAGUUUGGGUCUCUUUCUUCGGGUGAAUUUAUCGCACGAGUUGUGCUCGUGUCUGGCAACAAGACAUUAUUUAUUGUUUAAUAUUUAUAGAUCGUGUCAACUUUAUAGCAGCAUCCAAUGCAAAAACGUCGAUAAUUCAUUCGUUUUCAUUUUUUGAUUACUUUAACGAAUUACAAUAUCAGGUACUCGCUGGAAUGCCCAUCCGAUGGGAGUUUUAUUAGACGAAUCCGAACUUCCAUCACCAACUCUCUUAUUCUACUACAAGAUCUACGAAAAUGUCGCAUUCUCGAUCACAUUCAUUAUGGUUGUCGUUACAAUGAGCGUCAUGCUUCUUUGUGAGUUCUAUUUUAAUAUUUUUGCUUAAGAAUUGUAUCUAAGAAAACUUCUGGCAAGAACGUCAACAUACGAUGGCUUCUUCAGACUACAAUAAAGAGAAUGCCCCACAUCGCUUUUUGUUUUAUUUCAUUUGUUUCUACAAUUGCCUAUUUCCAGCCACCACCCGUGCCAUCAGCAAAUACCGUUGGUUUCUGAUCCAUGAGUUGGCAUGGUAAGACCUUCUCCAAUGAAAACAAUCACAAUUUAAGGUCGUUAUUCUUCGACGCAAUGGGAAGUUUGAUUGGUGCUGUAACUCUGUUCCCUCUACCAUGUUAUUUCGGAGUCAACAUUUCCAACAAGCUCACCGGGACACAACAAAUCAUCUACUUCUUUGUGGGAAUUAAUUCCUUGUUGGGGAAAUCUUGCUCAAUCUUGUUCCAAUUUGAAUACCGGUUCUUAAAUACUCUGGCCGUGACCUCAUCGAUUCGACGAUUCUUGGAGAAACCUAGACAGGGAAGAGAAAUCAUGGUGCGGGGGACAAUAAUGCUCACUCUAUCAGUUGUUAUUUUUGUAAGUUGUUGUAAAUUAAGUGAUUUGGAGCAGCUCGGUGAAAACUGGAUCCGUUUGUAUUCCCAGUUCAUCAUUACGAAAGACGUUUCUGUCCGCAUUGAAAGAUUUAGCCGUUCUGCUCACAAUUUCUACGAACGAAGAGACGGUGAUUCCUUUACCUUGUCAGUACUUCUAAGGGCCUCAGGGAAACUACCAUGGGAGAGCCGGGUGACCGUGAACACAGUCUCCAAAGCCCUCGCGACUGCAGAUUGA